AUGUUGAGCAUUCUUCAACAUGUCAUUGCACAGUUUGACGAUUGGAAAUCCGAAGUAGAAGAAUCCGAGACAACUGUAUACCGUCGCUUUGCAGUUCUUCUAGAUUGUCUGUUUAGAAAUACGGCUGUCAUAAUGAAAGAGUAAGAAGUAUCUGGGGGAUAAUGAGAGCAAAACAUGCCACGCAGAUUAUUGACUUUUCUUUUGUGCUGGCUUUAUAGUGGAGAAUGUGUUGCACAAACCACCAAGGAUACCAUGAUCAUUUUGCAAGCUCUUGCUGGGUACAUUUCGACAUCUAAUCAACCUAAACCGUAUGGUAGCAAAAUUGACCUGCUUGCAGCAACUUGCUUGGACGGGGAGCAGUACGACUUGUGCAGUAAUGAGUGGAAGCGAGGAGGCGUUUGCGAUUCAAUAUUACUCAAGCAACAAGCCAAAAAUUUACGAACAAAUGCUGCCAUUUUGUCAAAUUUAAUCAAGUUAGGCUGCUCAGAUUGGAUGGUAGCUAUUGAUUGGGCAGGUGUGAACGGCUAUACAUAUACCCUUUCUCUCCGUAACGACACCUUUGUAGCAAAACCAUAUAAAAACCUUAUGAUACCGAAACGAAGUACACAGUUGAAAACUUUCAAGAACACACUUAACUUUCUUUUUAAAUGGAGGAACAUGUUGGAUAAAAUGGCUGCACAAAUUGACGAUCAACCGAACGAAAAUCCUCUCCGUGGAAUCGUAGAUUUCACAAGUCAUACAACCACCACCAAAGUACCUACUAUCAUCAUCACACCCACACUGGGCAAGAGAAAAAUUGACGAAGUUGACCAGGACAACGGCGAACAAUAACUCUUAGUAUCAACUCAUUCAUCCUUUUUUUUACAUUUUUCCCAAUCUUCACCAAAACAUUUGCUACAUAGUUUCUACAUUUUUUUGAAUACCCAUGAUCAAUACUAUACUACAACUGUACUCCAGUUAACAAAUAAACACGUAUUGACAAGUAAAA